UAGCGAGCGAAGGGAGGGCGAGCGAGGGAGAAGGGAGAAAAUUUUUAGAGCGGAAGGGGGGAGGAAAAGGUGGGAUUUUUAUCCACGGGAGAGCGGGAGAGGGGGACGGAAAUGGAGGACGUGAGACGCACCACGGCAUGGGUCGCGAGCCGCGCUUCGCACGUGAAGGUGGACUCCUCAGAACUGGAGAAAAUAGUGGACAAUAUUAACGGUUCAAUUCCAAAAGUUGAAUGGGAUUUUGAGGGUAUUCAUUACUUUGACAACGGGCCACUUACAGUCCAGUACCUAUUUGUUUUGGACGCAUUGAACUUCUGUUUUUGGCCAGAUAAGGAUUUGAGCUAUGAUCAUUUGGCUUUGGGCUUAAAGGCAGCUUUGCAGAAUGACAAAUCUGCCCUUGAUGCAGAUCGUCUACAGAGUUAUAGUGGUCCCCAAUUGCGUGAAUUGUUGAACUGGCCACGCCCACUUCCGCUAGAGGAGGAACGAGUACGGUUACUGCAUGAGGUUGGACUGGAACUGGAGAGAAGCUUUAAGGGGGAGGCAGCCAACAUUGUAAAGUCUUGUGGAAAUUCUGCUGUCACUCUAGUUGCACUUGUUGCACGUCACUUUCCAGGUUUUCGAGAUCAUUCAUUAUACAAGGGUCACCAGGUUUUCUUAUACAAAAGAGCACAAAUUUUUGCUGCUGAUUUAUGGGGUGCCUUCAAGGGUCAAGGAUAUGGAAGAUUCUACGACAUGAGCUCCAUUACAAUAUUUGCAGACUAUAUCAUCCCUGCUGUACUCAGGAAGCUUGGCGUGCUGAAAUAUAGUUCAGCCUUAUCUAACUCCAUUGAUUCUAAUGAUGAAAUAGCUCCUGGUAGUGAGGAGGAAGUAGAGAUACGUGCUUGCUCUGUUCAUGCUGUGGAAAAAAUGAGGGAACUCAUUGAAUCAAAAUUCAGGAAGCAGGUUCUGAGUGUAGAAAUGGAUCUUUGGCUCUGGUCCUGUGGUGUUCAGAACCGUUCUUUGCAGCACCAUCGCACACUUUCAAUAUACUAUUGAGUAAAUAUGAACCUGCAUGCUAUGGUCAUGAGUGGUUUCUCUAUCCUGUGAAAGACAGAUUGAGUUUCUUGUCUGAUUUUUGUAGCUAGACUUUGUCUCCUGAAGGGGUAAAUUUUGAGGGUAUGGGUGUUUUAAAACUAACAUUUUGCUAAAUAGUAACCCUGGAAGGAUCGGAAAUUUAUGGUCUAUCUAAUGAAAGAGAACACUUGAUUUAUUUGCCAGUCAAUCUCUGAUGAGCUGGGACAAUUUCGGAGCAUUCGGCUGAGCACUGAUGUAUUUUAUUGAUGUUUGCUGGAUGGUUGCAAACAUUCGGAUAUCAAAAUCCAUCAUUGCUAGACCUGUCCGAGGACUAAAAUGAAGUCCAUUCAAAAAGAAGGUUGGGCCAACUUAAUUGCCUACCGUCAUCCAACCCAAUUGUUGGUCCAAGAUUCUGCAAGGCAUCGGGAUACUGGAGUAGAUGGUGAGAUGAGGUCUCUUGGGAUAUAACUUGCAAAAAAAUUUUGGUCAGAAGUUGCUCCAGUGGAGAACCUCCAAUGCUCAAGUUAGAAUUAUCAUUCAAUAGA